CGACGAUGCACAGUCGGACUCGAGCUCUUUCUCGGUCGUGAAGGCCGACUCCGACGACGAGAUCGACAUCUCGUCUGCUCUGACCGCCAAAAAACAUAAACCAAAUCCUCAAGCAGACGAUGCGUCCGACGGAGACUUGGACGAUCUGCAAGACCUCAUACGUGACUCGAUAGCGAAGCGGAAUGUCAAGGGCGGCACUGAUGUGCUUAAGAAAACCAAAGGCAAGACCAAGUUUGUCAAAGGCGAGGUGGGAGGUGGUAGCUUCCAAAGCAUGGGUCUGCAUCCCUCUCUGCUACGUUCAUUGACUCUACAAGGCUAUCGGAUACCGACGCCGAUCCAGCGAUCGUCCAUACCCUCACUUUUGGCCAGUCCUCCGCGCGACCUUGUCGGCAUGGCUCGCACAGGCUCAGGAAAAACCCUAGCAUACAUGAUUCCGCUCGUACAGAGACUCGGUGGACGGCACUCUACCACGUUCGGUGCUCGUGCCCUCAUUCUUACUCCAACACGUGAACUUGCACUUCAGGUUCUCCGUGUGGGCAAGGAACUUGCCCGCGGGUGGAGUGACGAGGGUGCCCAUGCGGGAGACCAGACGGGAUCAGACUCCACCAAAGGCCAGAGCCUUCGCUGGGGUAUGAUUGUUGGAGGAGAGGGUCUGGAUGAACAAUUCGAGAUGAUUACAAACAACCCCGAUGUUAUCAUAGCCACUCCGGGGCGACUGCUGCACCUCAUCGUGGAGAUGAACCUGGACCUCAGGUCCGUUCAAUACGUAGUGUUUGAUGAGGCAGACCGCCUAUUCGAAAUGGGCUUCGAGACCGCGCUAAACGAGAUCAUUCACCGCCUUCCAGCGUCCCGUCAGACUUUGCUGUUCUCAGCUACGCUCCCGAAAUCGUUAGUUGAAUUCGCCAAAGCUGGACUUCAGGACCCCAAGCUCGUCCGUCUAGAUGCGGAAUCAAAAAUUAGCUCUGACCUCAAAAUGGCCUUCUUCUCCGUAAAGCAAGCCGAAAAGGACGCGUGCUUACUGGCGCUGCUCCGCGACGUCAUUCAUGUACCGCUUGGGUCUGAAAUGCCGCAGGACGACAAAGACGAUACGUCAGGCGGCAAGUUCCGUAAAGGCAAGGGCAAGCAGCGAGCAACACAAGUGACGACAGCUCCACACCAGACACUCAUCUUUGCGGCGACUAAACAUCACGUCGAGUACUUGGCCAAUUUACUUUCGUCAGCGGGCUAUGCGGUCUCACACAUUUACGGUGCUCUCGACCAGGCUGCGCGACAGUUCCAGAUGGAGCAGUUCCGAAGGGGUCACACCAGCUUGCUUGUAGUCACCGACGUCGCAGCUCGAGGUAUUGAUAUUCCUGUGCUGGAGAACGUGGUCAACUACGACUUCCCGCACGGCGCGCGUGUCUUUGUUCACCGAGUCGGCCGAACAGCUCGUGCCGGGCGGCAAGGCUGGGCAUGGUCCUUCGUCACCCACACCGAGCUGCCAUAUCUACUGGACCUGCAACUCUUCCUUGGCCGGCCUCUUUCUGGCGAAGUCCCAUCUGACAGCGGGGACGAGGCGUAUACCGAGUCACUCAUAUUCGGUCCAUUUGGUCGAGAAGAGAUCGACGAGGAUGUCGAGUACGUCCGGCAGCUCGAUGAGGCGUACCACCAGCUUCCAACGCUCCGUGAUGUAAUGAAACGCGGGCAUAUGAUGUACGAGCGGAGCAAGGGCAAGGCUAGUCAGGCCAGUUACAAGCGGGCGAAGGAAAUGUCCAAAGACCACCAGUGGUCCCUCGCUGGAGCUACAGAGGCUAGUGUGCAUCCUAUCUUAGUGCAGCGCGGGUGGAGGAGCGCGAAAGGCUCUGAUGUGGAGCAGGCGAGAAGCAAGUUAAUGCAGGUUGUCAACUCGUUCACUCCCUCGGAAACUGUGUUCGAGGUUGGCCACAAAGGGAAGGGGACGACGGUCACUUCUGCGCUCAUGAAAGAGAGGAGAAAAGCACUACAAAAAGCUGUCGAACGGGCAGUGCCUUCUACGUCCACGGCUGUUGUUGAAGAUACCUCUGAACUUGUCGAGAAGGCCAAAGGUAUCAGCCUCGACAUGGCGGACGAGGACGAAAUUGAGGCUGUGUUUGGCACGAGCAAAAAAGGCGGCAAGGACAACUUUCGAGACGAAGAGUUCUAUAUGUCCCAUUACCAAAAAGAUUCUGCCACAGACAAAGGGUAUGCGCUGACUGACGGUGCCUCAUUCGUGGAGCAAGCACGAGGCGCAACCUUUGACCUUACAGGAGAUGACGGGGUCGCUGGACGGCAGCGACACCAAGUCAAGUGGGACAAAAAGAAGAAGCGUUUCGUCAAGGGUGACGGCGUUGGUGCAGAUAACGUUAAAAUGGUCAAGACAGAAAGUGGUGUCAAACUGCCUGCAACCUACCGCAGCGGCCGCUUCGAGGAAUGGAAAGCGAAGAGCAAGGUCUCACUGCCUAAGAUCGGUGAAGCCGAGCAGGACCGCCGCCCAGGCACAGGCUCCCGCAAGUUCAGACACAACAAAGUCACGGAAGCCAAGCCUCUUGACCAGUUACGCUCCGAUUAUGAUAGAAAGGUUCGACAAUCGAAGAAAGCUGAAGAAGCGAACGAUGGCCCGACGAAACCUACCUCAAAACGUGGAUCCACAAAUGGACCCAAGGGUGCCAAGGGCAAGACACGACAUGGUGGAAAACCAAUGGGUAGAGUCAAGAACGAGAUUAAAACGGUGGAUCAGAUACGGAAGCAGAGGAAAGCAACGGAACAGAGGAAGGCAAAGAAUGCUCGGACAACCAGAAAGGGAAGACGAUAGAGCACGCAUGUACCAUCACCCUGUUUAUUUUUGUUGGUCUACGCGGCGUCUGAAUACUCCCAUUUUGCUCCUGAGCCUGCGAUAAUUGGCACGUCUUUUCCUUGCAGAAGAUCGACACCGACGCUGCGCAGAGCGUUAACACACCACUCUGGGUAUCCCUGAGUGCCAAAGUAUGACUCGAAAAACGAUCGAAGGUAUUCGGGGAAUCGAUCUUCCAUAAUGGCGUCUCGAGCACCUCCCAUGAUUCGCGCUUGGAAGACCAGAUUGUGCUGGGUGACGGCUGAGA